UGUGUACAUGCUGGUUUUAACAUGGGUCCUUCCUGUGCAGAUGUGCAGUUCAGGAUGCUUCUGAUGUGGGCGUGUGAAAUCCAGAAAGACAGAUCGCUCUCAGCUACGUAGAUUCCAUCUCUUAUGUCUCCCUUUACUUAGGGCAGGGGUAGGCAACCCUGGCUCUUUUAUGACUCGUGGACUUCAACUCCCAGAAUUCCUGAGCCAGCAUGGUUGCCUACCCCUGUCCUAGGGGAAUUCUGAUCUUUGACGGAGUCAGUGAGACGCUGGUCUAAACGUUAUGAUUGUAUGUUUAUUCUGAGGGUGGUCAGCAGUUCAGAGAGCUAUUAAAAAGGGGGGGAGGAGCAGAUCGGAGGCCUUUUAACUUCUAUCAAUUUUACCCAAAAUUUCUGAUUCGCCAUGUAGUAUAAACUCAGAAUGGAUGCUACCUUGGAUACCUUUAGCCCAUAUUCUGUUGCUAUUCUAUUCUAUGGGACAUCUCUGUUUUAGAGUACACUAAAUUGGAACUUUGCGUGACAGACAACAUAGAGGUGGUUUAAAAUCAUUUUUCAUAUGACCAAAGGCUUUCCCCCCAAUGUGUCAUGCAAAACUGCCAGGGAGUUGAUUCUUACAGAAUUGAGUACUGUGAAGCAUGUGAUUUGAAUGUGGUUAACAAUUUCUGAUUCAGCCAGUAAAUUCCUGCGAGUGAUUAGCAGCAUUUCUUGCCGCAGAAAUCUGGAAUGUGGCUUGCUUUACUUUGUUUCUAAUAAUUCAGAUGUAUAUAGGCUAGGAAAUCAAUGUGUUGUUUUUUUUUUAAUUACUAUGUGAAUUGUUAUUGUAUCAGGCAGGAACUGCCAACCUUUUGAUUUCCUGUUGAGAUAAAGCUGUUGAUAAGCCUGUUCCUGUUGAGUUAAACCAAAAUGUUUUUGUUCUGCCCCUGAAAUGACUGAAUAUGAAUUGUGGGGUUUGUCCUCUUCUCUUACCAUACAACCAAAGGCCUGAAGUGGGGAAAGCUAGGGGCACUCCUUCUAAAGGCCUGACUUACUAUUGAUUUCUGCUAUAGUAGUGUGGAACCUGCGAUGGAUGAAGAUAUUUCUGGAAAAAUGGCCAAGUUCCUACCAGUUCUGCUGUUUGCAACCCAGCUUUCUUUGACAGCAGCUUUAUUCCGAGUGAGUGUUAUUCAGCCUCAUUACUUUGCAGAAUAUGGAAGCAAUGUGACUAUAGGUUGUCGCUUUCCAACUGAUAACUCCUUGAAUCUGACACAGUUGAAUAUUUUCUGGCAGCAAAAGUUGUCAGAUGAAGCCAAGGAAGUUUACAAGCUCCAAAAUGGACGAGAAGACUUGUCAGGGCAACACCAACAUUUUCAAGGAAGAGUUACAUUAUUAUAUGAGGAAUUGAAAAGAGGCUAUUCUAUGUUACAAAUCACCCAUCUAAGGAUCACAGAUGCUGGACGUUACCUUUGCAUGGUCAACUAUCGUGAAGCUGAUUACAAGUACAUUGACUUGAAAAUCGAAGCACCUUACAAGAGGAUAAAGAUUCAGGAAAGAGAAGAAGAUGAAGGUCACUUCUUAAUUUGCCAGUCAGAAGGGUACCCUAUGGCUGACGUUCUUUGGCUUUAUGAAAACAGAAUCAAUGACACAAUAUUUGCAAACACUUCAUAUAAGCUGACAGACACAGGACUUUUCAACGUAACCAGUGUCUUGAGAAUCAGACCAAGUGCUCCUGCGAAUUACAGCUGCAUAUUCCAAAAUAAGGAACUGAGGCAAACAUCAGCUUCCAGAACAGUAUUUCUAAUAGAUCAAAGAAAUGCUUCAGGCACUGGGAAAAAUUCCAUGAACUUGUUUAUCCCAACAGUUUUGUAUAGUGCUAUGAUUUUAUUUACUAUCACUAAAGUCUAAGGGAAAACAUUAAUAAAUUUGCAUACCUAGAAAGAAGAAGAUCUGGAGCAUCAGGUCAAGGAUAAAGUUUGAUGAUUCAUGCAGAUGGAGAAGCCUGAGCAAAUGCAAGAAGCAGUUCUUUUUUGUUGCUAGCGUUUUCCAUUGUGCCUCCUCUUAGAAACUUCCUUAAUGAAGUUGGACUGCGGAGGUAAUUAAUGCUGAUCUCUCUGGUUUUCUUAUGUUUACUGCUCAUUCCAAAUACUUGUGAAAAAUGUGCAGGUUAGAAAAUUUUUCCUAUACGUUUGGGAUUUUAUUUUCAAGGCUCCCAGCUACAUCCAGAUGUAGCCUCACACAGAACAGGCGAUAAAUGAGAAAACAUGCUUCUUCUUGUUCCAACGCAAACGCCAACCCAUAUGUGCCUGGUGUCAUGAUUCAAAUAAGAGGCUGGGGCUUAUCCUAUAAUAUUGGAAUGAACAUUUCAUGUUGGCACCUUUAUGGCUAGCUGCAGAUGCCUCUGGUCUGACUUCACAUUUUUGGCAUAGAAAUGUUCUUUCUUAAAGCUAGCUCUACCAUUAGAUACUGUACAGCAGCAUCUUAAUCAACACAUGAUGAGGUCUUAGGAAAUAGUUUUGUGUACUAGGGCAGGAGUCCUCAACUGUGGCAACUUUAAGACUUUGCCAGCAUUGCUGGCUGAGGAAUUCUGGGAGUUGAAGUCCACAAGUCUUAAAGUUGUCAAGGUUGAGCACCCCUGCACUAUGGCACCUUCCUGGUAAGACAGCCCAGUAUUCUCAAGCAUUAUGGAGAACAUUGUCCUGUUAGUGUUAAAUUAAAAUUUAGCUGUCAUUGUACAGUACUUGGCUUCUGGAUGGCUAUGAAGAGUGGCAAUUCCACUUUGUCCUGUCCAGAGCUCUUAUGAAACAUUAUAACUGAUAUUUUUUUAAUACAUUUACAAACUAUCACAAUGUAGCAUGUGCAAGUAUGAGUUACAGAUCGGAUAACUGCUGUUUCAAAUCUUGCUGCAACUAUAGUCUUAGACAAGCUAAUGACAUUCUGGAUCUUUUCAAUUAUGAUCAACAAUCUUUCUUGUGGAGAUGUUACCAUGCUAUAAAUACAACAGAUGUACAAUCAACUGGAAUAAUCUCAUCAUUGCCAAAUGGUAAUAACACUUGUUUUUAGUUUUUGUUUAGCUUCUAUUAAAAAAAUAAUUAUUGAUAAUGGUUUCUAGUAAAGGCAUCCUACUUAGUAGAUAGGAAUAUUUAAAAAUGCAUAGUUCAGAUUAACAGGGAUAUUAAUAGGUAGUUGAAAAACACUAUGAAUCUCUGAGGAAGAUUAAAAGUAGCAAAAAAUGAACAUGGCCUCAAGAUUGAUAAAUACAUUAACCAGGAUGGUUUUUGUUAAUUCCAUUGGACAGUUUAGACAAAUUGACUAUUGAUUAAGUUCCUAUUGGAUGUUAAAUAUGAUUUCUGUUUCAAAAAUGUGAAAGUGGAAGCUCUAACUCUCUAACUUUCCUGACUGUAAAUUAUAUAAUUCAGCAUAUUUAUUAGUUUCUGUAAUGUGUUCAGAUGAAAAUGAUACUGGAUAUGUCUGACUCAUGGCCCAUUUGGAAAGUCAAGCUUUGGAAUUCUUGAAAUUCUGUAUAUACAUGGUUCUAACUAUGCUGGUGGUCCUCAACAUAUGCACAUAAUGGAGCCUGCCCAUUACUGUUAUAUAUUGUGUCUGUCAUAAAACAAGUUGGUCAGGUGACCAGUCCAAUUUUAUGGCUUUUUUUUUUUUUUGCAUCGUCAUGCAAAACAGUAGGACAGUAGGAAAUGCAAACCCAUUUUUUUUGCUAUGGACACAGUCUUGCUGAAAACCAGAAGUACCAGCUUUUCAGCAAAUACAUCAUAAAUUGUUGGAAGCUGCAAAUGGCUAAAUUCAGCUGUGCUGCCAAACACCUACAGUCAUGUGACUGCAAUUGUUGACUUUUUUUGCCAGUUUCUGGCAAGAAUGCCCAUUGGUGAAAAUAGGUUUGCUUAAGGAUUACGGAGUUCGCUUAGCGAUUGUUGCAAAAAAAAAAAAAAAGUUGUAAAAUCAGACAAUGUCAGGUGGUAACAUGCUCAACAAUCACCAUGAUUGAUGACCAUAAUUCCAGGCUUAAUUAUGGUCUUAAGUCAAGGACUACUUGUCAUUAAAGCCUUUGUUAUAUUCUCAUUUUGUUCCAAAUGCUUUGCCUGCCUCCAAAGGCCCUAAUUUUUUUUAACUUAUAGGUUUUUAUUAAGAGUAAAGUCAUAAUUCAGUACCACCAAUAGUCUAAAAUGUUUACACAAAUAAAUUUGGAUAAUAUGCAAGAAAACUAGACUAGAGAAUUCAAGUUUUCUUAUUAUAAAAUCAGUGGUUUUAGAUCUUAAUUUAUGUAAACUACGUUUUUUAUGAUUAAAAAAUCCCCAUUGUUUAGGUUUACUCGACUUCCUAGCGAAUGUUCAAAUAAUUCUAGUUACUGUUCUUACGUUGGAGAUGGAAUGUGCAUGCUUUGAUUCUAUCCGUCAAUUACUGUUUAUUGGUUGUAUGUUUUUAAUGCAAUGAACCAGAGUUUGGGGAGGAAGUUAAAGACAUUGAUGUGCAGUUACCUUAUAUUUAAACAAUCUGGAAUUUUAUUUUAUUUAUUAUUUAUAAAAUGUAUUGGCUGCCCAUCUUACAUAGGGCGGCUUACAGUUACGUAACAUCUAAAACAUUAAAAAGUUAAAAACAAACAUUAAAACCAAAAACACACAUGGGGGAAGGUGGGGGCAGAGAAGCAUCUGUUAUUACACAGUCAACCACCUCCAUUGUGCUGUUCCCCUGCUGGGGCCCUAAGCCGACUGGCACAGCCCCAUUUUUAGGCCCUUAUGAAAAGAUAGGAGGGUUGGGGCCAACCUCACAUCGGGGGGGGGGUGAUAUUCCAGAGAGGAGGAGCAACAGCAAAGAAUGCCCUACUCAGGCUGACGGGACCCGCAACAUGCCUCCUCUGCCAGCACGAGUGGUACAAGCCAAUCCCUCAAUUUAUCCAUUUAUUAAAAGAUUUGGCUUUAUCGUGCUUAAAUAGUUGCCAAAAAAGAUUGUAUGCUCAUGGAAAGACACUUAAACCCUAGAUACAAAAAGCUAGAUUAAAAAAACAAAUAAAAAUUGCCAGCUCUCAGCCUUUGAAAUGGUUCUUUUAUCACUCAAAAAAAACAGUGGAUCGUGCAAUUCUGUGUGAUCAAAGGUGGUUCAAAACUUGAGUUACGGUACUUUUUCCACACAGAUGUAAUUGUUAUACUUACAGCAUUAUGGAAUAACUCAAAUUCUCUUUUAAAUAUUUAUACUUGCUUUUUAAAUAUUUUUUGUUGGCAUUUUUUUUCAGGUAAAGGGUUACAGUUAUAAGAAAAACAAUGAAACGUAUUUAAAAAAAACACACUUCCUGCUGUCUCUCAGCCUCAGUCUUUCUCUCUGUAUCUUGUACGCUUCAGUGAAAGUAAAACUAAACGGUAAAACCCUGGGAUUUUCUAAAAACCUCAUGCAUCCAUUGCAUGACCUGGACCUUGUGUUUCCAGAUCAGAUGACCAGUCUGUUGAGGUUACACGCCUAUGUAUUUGUUUUAUAAACUCUAAUUCUGUUGAGACAGCAGCGAUGCAUUUCUUCAUAUUAUAAAAGAAAUCACAAGGCAGCUGGAACCUUGCAAGUUCACCCCUUUCUCCUGGCAACUGCAGUUGUGACAAGUAUGUGAACAGGGUAUAUUCAUGUAGACUUCAUCCACAAGGUGUGUUUGAGUAGGGGAAAUGCCCCCCCCAUGUGGAAUUUCAUAGGUGUACAGAUGUAUUUUAGUCUUCUAAACUGGUAAUGUGCCAAUUACCCCCCCCCUCGGCCAUUUAUAAGAUGGUUUUAAGACUGAGGCAUUAAACCCAGUUUUAAUUGAGUUUUUGAUUCAAAAGGCAAGUACCAUUAAUAAUUAAUAAAUCCAGUUUCUCAUAUGGCUCCUCAAAAAAAUGAAUCGCCCAUUCGCUGCUGCAGAGUGCAGUCAAGGAAGCCGACAUACCAGCCACAAGGGCAUUUUAUAUGCAUUGCAUAUUAAAAAACAAACAAACACCUUUUUGACUAUUUUUAACCAUACUCUGCAGAUACUUCUGGUGGCGACUGUAGGUGAACUUCUUCAGAUGAUUCCAAGCGGCAUGGAAGCUCAGAUAAAAAAGGUGUUCUCUCGGGCAGCCUAGAUCUAGGGCCAUUUAAGGCUUUAAAAGUCAUAAGCAAAAUUUGUGGGUGGCCUAAAAAGGAACAGUCAGCCAGCGUUUUAAACAAAAGAGGCAAUAACGCACUUUUAUUCUUCUCAAAAGUAACCCAGCUGCCAAGGUUUAUACUAACUGAAUUGGGGGGGGGGUCCUUGGUGGUCUCUGAGCUUGGUUAUUUUCUUGUAGACAUUUCAUUACUAAACUAGCUAACAUUUAUCAGUGCUAGAAGGGAGUAGGGCUUCUUCUUUAUUUAUCUACUCUUUCCCUUCUAGCAUUGAUGAUGUUACCUAGUUUAAUAAUGAAAUGUCUACAAGAAAAUAACCAAGCUCAGAGAUCACCAACAAUCCCUUGUUUCAACCAUGAGCCUACAGUACAAAUAUUCUCUUCUAUCAGUACUAACUGAAGCUUCUAGUAAAGAAACAAAAGCAACCCCAUGUAGCAAGCAUUGCUGGAAGGGAUCCUGGGGUUUGCAGCAGGUACGUUUUACUUACAUUAUCUUCCAGAAUUGGAUACAUCGGACAACGAAAGUCAGUAAAAGGUACUCCUAGCCUUGUCUGUCUGGUUAACAGAAAGUGAGAUUGGGAUCCCAAAGCACUCCCAAAACUCAAUAUUUGCUCUUUCUGUAAAGGAUAAUCCCACUCAGGCUGAUAUUGUUACCUUGCUAGAAUUAAAGCCCCUCACAAGGAACAGGCUUACAUUUAGUUUCAAGGUAUUAUUCCCCAUGGAGCCCUUUACUGACUUAAAUUGAUCCCUAAAUGAUUUAUCACUCCAUCAAAUGGUUUUAUAAUUAUCAACAAAAGUGCCUGCAGGGCAGAAGGUGGAUUAGAAAGAAAGCAGCACUGCUCUGCAAUUUUUGUAUGCAUGACAUUACACAAAGACAAGAAAGUGACAGAGCUUGUGGUGGCCCCAAGUAACUCUGAUUAAGAGGGAUUAUGCUAUUCAAAGAAAAUAUACUACUUGCAUUACUGGCUUUUCCACUCUUUGAUCCAGAAUCUUUGAAGGAAAAUAAUAAGUAAACAUAGUUGAGACAGCUGUAAUGCUUUUGUUUUGAACUAAAGUUAAGUUUCCAAUAUAAGACGUGGUACAGCUCCCCCUUGUGUUUUCCACUGUAUUCAGAUUACACAUCAUAUUUUUUUUAGAAAUGAUGAACACUGAAUUUUAAUAUGGAAAUAAAAAGCAUUAUUCAGUGAAAUUUUGUCUUAUUGCUCACCACCUGUUUUUAUUAAUACAUCCAAUGUACAUUCAGCAAAGAAUGUUCAAAACUACCCAAAACACAGCAUUAUCAUUACAAUACCUUGAAUAUUUCCAUUUUAUGUCUUGAAGCAUGACACUCAAAAGGAAUAUCCAAGAUGGUUUUGAUCAAAUACAACUUAAAAUAAGGAACUAUUUUAGGGACUAUUUUAUUUAAGUGGGGAUACAGCUUUGACUCCUCUACUGUACAAUUAAAAAAAUAAAAUGUUAUCUUUAAGUCUU